CAUUGAAAGUCUACUGCAAAAGAAAACAAAAACCAAAUGCCUGUGGCCACAACAAUACACAACUAUUGCCACAAGUUCAAUCAUCGCUCACUCUUCUCACUCACCCGCGCCAAGGCAGCUCCAAUGGUCACCUCGUUAGCUAGCAGUAGCCACGGCAACAGUGCAGGCGCAUACACUACAAUCAAAGAGAGAGUAACUUUUCAGAAAGAAAUCAAAAAGAGCAAAUUCAUCGCCAUCGCUGGACCUAUUUCCAACGAACAAUCUGCCCGUUCUUUCCUUUCUCAGGUUGGGGACCCUCGCGCUACUCACAACUGCUGGGCUUAUAAGGUUGGAGAUCAAUACCGGUCUAAUGAUGAUGGUGAACCUUCGGGUACUGCUGGCAAACCUAUUCAUUCUGCUAUUGUUUCUUCUGGUUUAGAUAGAGUUAUGGUCGUUGUCACAAGGUAUUUUGGAGGUAUAAAACUGGGUACUGGAGGACUUGUUAGGGCUUAUGGUGGAGUGGCAUCUGAAUGCUUGAGAAAUGCACCUACUAUUCUUGUCAAAUCUAAGGUUCCAAUGGGUGUAGAGGUUCCAUUUGAACUUUUGGGAUUAUUAUAUCAUCAGCUACAAUCGUUUCAAGUUGAGGACAUCAAGCAGGAUUAUGAUACUGGUAAAGAUGGAGUCACCAUGGUUACUUUCAAAGUUGAUUUUGAUCGGGUUGAGAAUUUGGAGGAUGCGAUCAAAGCCAAUUGUAGCCGAGAUAUAGUUUUCUAUAAACACUGAGACCGACUUUACUAGUCAUACUCGAGUAAAAAGACUGCCAACACUUCUGAUAACUUCAUGAAGGGAACUGUUCCAGGAGGGGUAUGCACAUCUCCUUCCCUGCUUUAGAGAAAAAAAAUUGUUGCAAGUGGGGUUGAAUUUGCUAAUAAGUUGUUUUGGGGCUAUUUCCUGUAAAAUUAAUAGCCGGGUGAUACUAAUUAAUUCUGAAAAGGCGAUUGUUGACCUGAUAUCUUAUUGUUGUAAAUAAAAUUUUAGAAAUGGAAGUUCCAUAGCAAAAUGUAAUAAUACUGGAUCCUUGUAGACCAUUGAGAAAGAUAAGAACUUUAGAUAAGGAUGAUGUUAUCACCUGAAUUUAUGUCUUUGCAACAGAAUGUUCAGUUUAAUGCCAAUGUUACUAGUUUCUUAUUCAA